AUGGCGUCGCUCCUCGGGAAGCUCAACCCAUUUGGGUCCAGCACUCACGAGAAUAGCUUGGAUGACGUUGGCGGAUCAAUCGAUGACUAUACCAUCGCUGGUGGAGGACACGGCGCGCGGUCAACGGCCCUCACCCGGCACGAGCUUCGCGUGAGCCACGCCCUCAAGUCGUUCCUGGUCGAUCGGGGUGUGGUGGCAGAGGCGGAAGCCGGUCUGGACGUGGACGGCCCAGGCCCCGUUCUCGAUGCCCUGCUCGACCUACCGCACAUCAACGUGCCGCCCGAGGUGACGGACAGAUCGUACCCGCUCGCCGAGUACUUUAUCAGCUCCAGCCACAACACCUAUCUGCUCGCCCACCAGCUGACGGGCAAAUCGUCGGCCGAGGCGUACCGGACGGCGCUCAACACGGGCGCCCGCUGCGUCGAGAUCGACGCCUGGGAUGACGAGGACGACAAGGAGGAGCCCAAGGUCACCCACGGCUACACGCUCGUGUCGCACAUUCCCUUCCGCUCCGUGUGUGAGACCAUUCGUGAUGUCGUCGACAAGGAGGCUGCCGAUGCAAAGGACCAGCAGGGAUACCGCGCGGCCCCAAUCUUGCUGUCUCUCGAGAACCACUGUAGCCAGCAUGGCCAGGAGAGGCUGGUUGCCAUUAUGAAGGAGGUCUGGGGCGAUCGACUGCUCAGCAAGGCCGUGAGAGAAAAGGGCCACGAAGAGCAAGAAGGUCACGACGCCCAGGUCCGACUGGACGAUCUCGGAUCCAAGAUUGUGCUCAUUGUCGAGUACCACUUUACGGACGAGAAGGACACCUCGUCGUCCGAUUCGUCGAGCGAUGAGGAGGAGGAAGAGACGGAGAGACAGGCACGCCACGACUACAAGGCUCAGAAAAAGGCCGCGCCCAAGUCGGGCAUCAUCCCCGAGCUGGCCGAGCUCGGUGUCUAUGCCCAGUCGGUCAAGCCCGUCGACAACUCGUGGUUCGAGGAGCCGCAGAUGAAGAACGGUCCUCAUGACCAUCUUAUCAACGUGUCAGAGGUCCAGCUUGCAUCGCACAUGCCUGGCAACAAUGAGAAGAUUGCGAUUCACAACUCGAAGCAUUUGAUGCGCGUUUUCCCCAAGGGAACACGUAUUUCUUCGACCAACCUUAAACCGGCAACAUUCUGGGCCAUUGGUGCCCAGAUUUGCGCCUUGAACUGGCAAAGUUUUGGCACCAGUCUGCAGCUCAACGAGGCCCUCUUCAGUGGCUCGGACGGCUACGUGCUCAAGCCCGCUCCGCUGCGCGCCGGAGGCAACGGCCGCCUGAACACGGGCAAGAAGAUCAAGCUCCGCCUCGAAGUAGCGGGCGCGACCGACGUGCCUCUGCUCGACGGCCGGACCGCCGACGACAUUAAGCCGUACCUGACCUGCACUCUCUUCCACCCCGAUGACAUGGGCGAGGAGCUGGCCAAGCACCGGACCAAGCACUACCGCCAGCACACGCUGGGCCUGCUGCACCGGGGCGAGAACCCGCCGGCCAACGAGCCGCUGUGGGACGAGACGCUUGAGUGGGAGUACGAGGAGAAUGAGCUCGUCUUUCUGCGUAUGCUGGUCAAGAGCGAUGAGUCCUUUUCCAUCAACCCCAUCUUUGCCGUCUCCGCCGUCCGACUGGCCUAUGUUGCAAAGGACGAGUGGCGUUUCGUGAGGAUGCUGGACCCCCACGGAAAGGAGACAAAGUGUACGGUUCUACUCAAGUUUAGCUUCGAGGAGGUGCACCGGGACACGGCUCUGGGAGAGACGCAAUUCUAA